AUGGUUGGGUAUUCUGAUAAUUCAGCUAUUUCUUGCUGUUCUAAUGGUGAUGGAUUCAUUGGGAAGCUUGGUAUUUAAACUGGUUCUAUAUCAUGGUUUAAAAGUAUUGGUACUGCGAAUAUCGAUACUCUAAACGGAAUUGAUGUUUCACCAGAUGGUACUUAGAUAUAUGGUGUUGGAUAAAGCAAUGAUGAUUCGUUAAUCGUUGCAAUUAAAUCAGAUUCAACUGUAAUAUGGACAAAAACAAUCGGUUGCCCUACUUAUUAGGAUUAUUUAUCAGAUGUUCUCAUAGAAAUUACCAAUAAUUUCGCUUAUUUCAUGGGAUCAAGCUCGUGUAGAUCGCCAAAUACAUUUCAAGAUGUCAGCUUAUUCAAAAUGAAACUUAAUACAUAGGUCAUAACCUAUUAAAACUUGUAUGGAUCGAAUUACAAUGACAUCGGCAUUAAUUUCGCAUAUCUUAAUAAAGAUGAGUCUUUAUUUUUAGUUGGAAAAACUCUGGAUACAGGAACCUUUUUUGGUGGUUUACUCAUAAAAAUUGAUUCUUCUGGUAGUAUGAGUUAUGGUUUUAGGUUUGCAGGUACUACAUCUAAUAAUGAUUUUUGCAGAGGAGUUGAUGGAUCUUAAGAUGGUCAAUCAGUUUAUGUUACUUGCUAUACAGAAUCUACGGGUAAUCUUGGGGCUACUUAUUUGUUUAAAAUCAAAAGUAUCGAUGGAUCAAUAAUAAAGCAAGUUAAGUUUGAUUCAGAUUCUAAAGACCAAUAAAUGGCUGUAAAAGUUGACAAAUUUGGACAAGUAAUUACUCUUUUGAAUACAAAAUCAAGUCCAUAUACUCUCAGCUCUAAAUUAUCAUCUACAAUAAUCAGAAGCACGCCUUCUCUUGUUGAUUGGAACGGCUAUUAAGUUUCAUCAAUAUCUUUUACUUCUCUAAUAAACUUCUUGUAAUUUUCAGGUAAUCAUAACACACUAACUGCACUUACUGUAACAGUAACUUCUUUCCCGACAGCUUUUAAUUUGGCUACAAGUUUCCUAAGUUUUACGCAAGGAAGCGCAGCAAAUACUAAUCUCAUUGCUCCUUAAAUAUCUAAUUAUACAUUUCCAUAAGGUACAUCAAUUUCAAUAACUAUCCCAUAAUUCUGCUAAGGAACCACUUUAAAAUCUGCUACUUAAGUUGGAUUAGAUCAUGAUAUGACUAGUCUUCCAACAGGUGUCACAUAUACUAUUUUAACAAGAACAUUGGCUGGUACCCCAACAAUUGUUGGAGUCUAUACUAUUAGAGCUAUUUAUACAAAUUUAUUCGGACUGGAAAGUAGUACAACUUUUUUAAUAAAUGUUACAAGUGUGCCUCAAAUAGUUGCACCUUUCACACUUAUCCCAAAUAUCGCAACACUUGAUACGCUGUAUCUAUACCAGUUCACCAUUUCCUCAUUUGCUACAGACAAUCCGCUUUAUUUUCCAUUAUAGGUUUCAGUAGUCUUAAAAGAUGGGAAUUCUAUUCCUUCAUGGUUAACUUUUGAUUAAAGUUCUAGUACAUUAAGAGGAACUCCUAGAAAAAGAGAUUAUCCUGAUACAAAAUUUGAUAUUCAAAUCUCUCUCAAACUUAAAGUUAAGAAUAACAUUGGAAAUGAGAUUAUUACUAAUACUGCUAAUUUAAUCAUUAAAGGUGGAGAAAGUUAAUCACUUGUCAAUAAAGGCCCUCCAUUCUUUGCUUCUCCCCUAGAAAACUAGCUCGUCUAUACAGAUUAAGUAAAAUAUUAUGUACUACCUAAAUUUUAUGACUAUGAUGAUAGUGCAGUUUCUAUUAAAGUUGAGAUCGGCAAAGCAAACAGUUUCACAAAGUUUUAUCCUAAUUACUUUAAAUUUUCCCCUUUUGAAAGCGACUCAAUGAUGUAUAAUGGAGAGUAUGAAAUCAAAAUUAGACUAAGAGAUACCAAUUUGAAGUAUCAAGAAACAAAUUAUAGAUUCAAGAUUAAGAUCCAAGUACCCCCACUAGGCGACGAUUAUGAAAAAGUAAUUAAAAAUUAUUUUAACUUUAUUAGUUUAUGUCAUUUCCCUAUGUUAUAAAUAUGA